AUGGAACCCAUUUCUUCAGGAUUUAUGCAAGAUGUAGAGUAUAGUGAGGCAAUAAGAGAAAUCAGAAUCAAGGCAGCUGUUGAAAGUAUACCUCAAUUUGAUGGUAAUUCAUAUAAUCUCUUUAGAUAUGAAACAAUUUAUGCCUCAUAUUGCGAUUUAGCUCUAGCUGUUUUCAUUGAAGGCCUCCAGUUGGAAAUAAAAACUAUUGUUAAAGGAGCCAAACCAAAAAAUCUUGAGGAAGCUAAGAAUAUUGCCAUCAAAGAGGAGAAGUAUUUAAAUAUCACCUAUGGCAAACAAUAUAACCGCUACGUUGUGUGUAGAUAUUGCAGGAAAAGAGGACACCACAUUUCAAAAUGUGAAAAAAUUCGCCAAAAAUCGAUAUAUGAAGAAAAAACUAGUUUCAGACAAAAUGGAAUUUAUGAAGAUAUUAACCAAGGCGAACACAACGAUAGCUACGAUGCUUUGAACUAUGGAAAUACUAUGAUUUUAGAAAAUACAAGAAAAAAUGACGGCAUAGACAACACAUUCAAAUCUACUGAAGAAGAAUCCGAAGAAUACACAGUCGAAAAUUUGACUCAAAACACUGAAACCGAAGAAUUGACGACAAUUACUGCAGAAAUAUUAGAUGAAGAUGAAGAUGAAGAAAAUUUGAACAUACGAAUGGCUGAAUUUGAAGAAAUCCAAGAUGCGGUCUCAGGUGGUGUUCGAAGAACUAAAGUCCAACAAUUCAGACUUUCAAAUUUACAACUUCUUACUAUUCAUAGAAAAGUGAAAACUGAAUUUAGAGUUUCUGUUAUCGAUGGUCCCAUUAUCGAAUUCCCAAGUCUUUUAAAUUUUUCUUCUAAAAAUAAUAGUGCAUCAGUUAAAACUUCUGGAGGAUUUAGUGCAAUGGAGAAACAUGUCAUAGUUCCUUUGUAUUCUAUUAUAUUUUUACUGAGUUUUUCUGGAAAUUUGCUAGUACUUCUGACCCUGGCAAGGAACAAAAGGAUGAGGACUGUCACGAACGUAUAUUUGCUGAACUUGGCUUUGUCUGAUUUGCUUCUCGGAGUAUUCUGCAUGCCGUUCACCUUGGUCGGCCAACUUUUACGAAAUUUCAUAUUUGGUGGAACCAUGUGUAAGCUGAUACCCUAUUUUCAAGCUGUAUCAGUAUCCGUGGGUGUAUGGACUUUAGUUGCUAUUUCACUGGAGCGAUAUUUUGCAAUUUGCCGACCCCUGGAAUCCAGGAGAUGGCAAACUAGGAAACAUGCUUUCAAGAUGAUAAUCACAGUUUGGAUUUGCAGCUUAUUAUGGAAUGGUCCGAUUUUGUUCGUGUCCAGAUUACAGGCAAUGAAGUCAGGUCAUCACAAAUGCCGCGAGCAAUGGUCUUCUGCAAAUGGAGAGCGAAUCUAUAAUUUAUUUUUGGACGCGGUUCUACUGAUUCUGCCUCUUCUGAUUAUGAGUCUUGCUUAUUCUCUAAUUGUAGGAAAGCUUUGGAGAGGACUGAAACGUGAAAUUGGCCAACAUAAUAUGACUAAUAACAUGUUGCUUAUACAAGGUGUGAGACGUUCAGACAGUUAUCCGGCAAAUAACCUUCUAUCGGAAACGCAGGUGAACACGCCUAUUAAUACCUCGAGAUCGGAAAAUUCCAAAUACGAGCAGAUUUCAAUAAAUGGAAGUACUAUAUUAUCAAACAAUAAAGUUGCCGUACGAUCAAAGGACCAGGAUUGCAAACAGAGAAUGCCGAAAGACAAAGACAACUUUGGUGCAACUCAAGCAGUCAAGAAAUGGCUGAUGAAGGGCUUAUCACGGGUGAGAAUACCAGAAAAGAAAUCUCAUCGUCAUUCAAGAAGAGGACGAGAGGCAUUAUCUGAACCCAUGAUGCCCCAUGAAGUAUCAUCACACUACACAUUUACCCGGCAGGCAAUCAGAUCUAAUUACAUGUGCAAAAGCAUUGAGGCCAAGAAAAAGGUAAUUCGAAUGCUGUUUGUGAUAAUUGUAGAGUUUUUCAUCUGCUGGGCUCCACUUCAUGUUCUGAACACAGUGAGAAUACCAGAAAAGAAAUCUCAUCGUCAUUCAAGAAGAGGACGAGAGGCAUUAUCUGAACCCAUGAUGCCCCAUGAAGUAUCAUCACACUACACAUUUACCCGGCAGGCAAUUAGAUCUAAUUACAUGUGCAAAAGCAUUGAGGCCAAGAAAAAGGUAAUUCGAAUGCUGUUUGUGAUAAUUGUAGAGUUUUUCAUCUGCUGGGCUCCACUUCAUGUUCUGAACACAGUGUACUUAUUUUGGCCUAAAAUAUUAUACGACUAUGUGGGCCCUACUGGUGUGGCAUUGGUUCAACUUUUGGCAUACGUCAGUGCUUGCUGCAACCCUAUUACCUACUGUUUUAUGAACAGACGGUUCAGAGAAGCUUUCUUAAGACUGUUUCCUUGUGGAUCACAAUGCAGGUCAUCAUGCACUUCAAGGCAUAAUUUCACAUCAUCACAUUCAAAUGAUGUCAGAUGCGGCGAUGCAAUUGCUAGGAGCGGUGACGUCAGAGUGGUGCCUCAGCGACAGCGAUCCGAAGUGAUGAUUCUAGAAGCCGAGGAUCGUGUUUAGCAGCGCUACGUCAUCGGAUCUAAUGGCAUCAUCCGCAGCGACGUCAUCAAGUUACGUCAAGAGCGUACAGGACGUCGAGCGGCGAUCAGAUGACGGCCCGUUCCGGUUGCAAAUAACAUGGAUGGGCGAAAACGUUAAGAAUUUUGAUGCCGAUAAUGAUGUAAAUAGUGAAGUUGAUUAUUAUGAAAAUUUUGAUGCAAAUAUUAUCGAACACUGCCGACAAAACAGAUUUCUCAUUUUAUAAAAAUAUGACAAAUAAUUUAUUGGAUAUGAAUGAAGAUACCUGAGCAACACAAGUAAAAUUAUCUCCUACCUAUAAUUUUAUGCUGCUUCCUGGUUAGAUGAUUGCUGAUCAUUCCGCAAAUGUGCGCUCCCAAGGAAUGGCCAACGCAUGUGGUGGCCUUAGCUCUUCCGCCUCCUACCAUA